AAGGAACAAACUAGAAAUACGUGAAGAAUUUCCGGAGACGCAUACCGUCUGUUUCAAACGCACUAGAAAGAUAGUGAUAAGGGAAAAAAACACAGCGGUCAUAGGAAUACAAGCCCGUCAGACAAAGGAAAAACGAAAUCGAGCUAUUGGUAGCUCAAGUGGAGGUUUGCAGCGUGGUUAUCGAAGGAUCGGGACAGCCAUGGUGGAGUAUUACCACAUUUUAGGAGUGCAAAGAAACGCCUCUCAGGAAGACAUCAAAAAAGCGUACAGAAAACUGGCUCUAAAAUGGCAUCCAGACAAGAACCCGGAGAAUAAAGAGGAGGCUGAGAGGAAGUUUAAAGAGCUGUCCGAAGCAUAUGAAGUCCUGUCAGAUGCCCAGAAGCGGGACGUGUACGACCGAUACGGCAAAGAGGGCCUCAGCGAGGGAGGGGGAGGCGGGCAUUACGACGGCCACUUUGGCGGAGUCUUCACAUUCCGCAAUCCCGAGGACGUCUUCAGGGAAUUCUUCGGGGGACGAGACCCAUUCGCUGAGUUCUUUGGCGGGGGGGGCGACCCCUUUGAGGACCCCUUCUUUGGCGGUGGGCGGCGGCACCAUCACCAGCGGGGCGUGAGCCGGAACCGGGUGCCGGGGACUUUCUUCCCCGGGUUCGGCGGCUUCCCGCCGUUCGGCGCGGGGUUUGGCGGGUUCGACACAGGAUUCCCCAGCUUUGGUCACAUGGGAGGGAUGGGCCAGUUGGGGGGCGGCGGCUUUACCUCGUUCUCCUCCACGUCAUUCGGGGGCGGCGGCGGCGGCGGCGGGGGUGGGAUGGGGAACUUCCGCUCCGUCUCCACCUCCACCAAAAUUAUAAACGGCAGGAAGAUCACCACAAAAAGAAUCAUCGAGAACGGACAGGAACGCGUGGAAGUGGAAGAAGACGGACAGUUAAAAUCUUUAACCGUUAAUGGUAAGGAGCAGCUGCUCAGACUGGACAACAAGUAAAAAAACAAAAAAACAAACAAAAAAAUUCAAAAACAAAAUGGCGGCCCAAAACAAGUGUUGGAAAAAAAAACAGAUGUUGAGAUGUUUCUUGUGUCCAAAUUUCUCUUUCCUCUACACAUUCGUAGGUCAAGUUAUUUUCCGACAUUUUCAUUUUGUUGUAUUUAUGAACGGGAGCAGGGCGAUCGUCGUAGGCGCUGGCGUUUUUUUAGUCUUGUUUACUUCAGUUUCGGGACCAUUAUGUUGGUAGGACCAGAGAAGUUGUUGUCUGUGUUUGUAAAAGGAGCAAAAAAAACAUUCUUUUGUCUGUUAGCACUUUGCUGUACUGCAUUCUGCCCAGAUGCACAUGGCCUUUCUUUGUUUUUUCUUUUUUCUUUCUUUUUUUUGCAAAACCAGACUGUACACUUAAAUAAAGCAUGGAAUUGCUUUGUCACUUGGAUUUUAAAUUGCCAGACUGGAAUACUCUAACCCUUGCUUAAUAUUCAGUUCACCAGUUUCUAACCUUUGCCAUUUUUUUUGUUUUGUUUUUGUAAAUGCCAGUACCUAAUAGAAUAAUAGUAUUAAUAUGCAUUUUCCCGUUUUUUUUGUUGUUUUUGUGUGUUAUUUUUCCAUUCUGCAUGAAUGCCAAUAAUAGCUGUUUAUAUUCUUAAUGUUGUUGCGUUAGACUUAAAAAUAAAUUAAAAAAAACGAAAAAACAAAACAACAACAGAAAUAUAAAAAAAAAAUGAAAAUGAGAUCUAUUGCCAGGGGGAGUUUUUGUGUACUUUGUAAAAUGAUUUGGGGGUAACAAUAAAUCUGAGAUUUCAUCCUGUUUUUUGGGGAUGUUGGA